GCACGUAGAAUUCGAUCCUCAGAACUUCUGCAGAUUUAAACAGCAUAAGAUCCCUUUGAAGUGCUAAAACAGAUGGAACCGGACAUCAUUCCUUUCCAUUUACUGAGUUCCCUUGGCUAUAUAACAAGGUGAGCAACAAAGAGUUGAUCAGAGAGUAGGUUUCAGUUCCGCUUAUACGCAACAUGGCAGGGUAUGGCAAUGCUUUCAAAGGAGGCUACACAACGUACACCAGCCCACGAGUCGGCGAAUGGAGGGAACCAAGUACCUACCCUUCUGAUCACGUCCACAAGCCAGUGAUCAUUGAUGCUGAAGGGAGGAAAAGGCCAAGCAUAGCUCUUCCCAGCGAGACUGCAGAGUCCUACAGAGCUGAGACCAUGUAUCAGCAGCAGCAGCAGCAGCAUGCUCUCCCCUCGGAGAAAAGGCAUGGUCACUCCAUGGAGCCUGCGAAUGUGGAGCACUACAGAGUUGAACAGAAAGUGCAUGAAACUUCAGACCCGGUUUACAAUCGCCUGCAGAAAGUAGAGGAGAUCAUCACCAAAGUGCAGCAUGAGGUCAGUAACACACAAAAGUUUGGACUUUUUAAUGGUGGUAAGGCAUCUCAGCCUGAUUCCUCCUUUCCUGGUGCAACAAAUAAUAUCGGCACAGCGAUAGGGUACCUCAAAGAAGCCAUCAAACCAGCCUAUACAGAACAUAUUCCUGGCAAGAUGGAGACAACCCAUGAGACUGGAUGGCCUAAAAGAAGUACUAAUUCCGCAUGGUCUGCUGCUCCAACUGAAGCCUACAAUCCUUACGCCACAAGGACUAACGAGCCACGACACGUGAAAACCUUGGACCCUCAUGAAUCUGUGAAAAGGUAUGGUAAUUUCAAGUUUUCGCCCAGGCCAUAUGCAACAGGAAGAUAAUUUGAAAUAGAGAAGUUUGGUAGCUCUCUCUAUUGACCCAUCAGUUGCUUCUGGAUCUACCUAAAGUUGUUCUUCGGCUCAGUAGCUACUACUAGCAAUUGGGUUUUGCUUAUUUUCAGUCAGCUAUUCAGUAUGCCUAUUAUUGUAUCCCAAAUGGUUAUGAUAUUGUGAUAAGGAAUAAGUUUCUGUGUUUCUAAGCGUGAGCAAUAAAGUAAUGAGGAAUUUCUGUCUUCUUUGUGGAGCAUUCUUCCUUUUUCAUGCAUCUAUACUAUAGAUGGUUGAGAUAAACAAGUGCUAUAUUACCAAGACAGAAAACAGCACGAGUGUAACGACUCUGGCAAGUCCGUUUGCUGUAGGAUCUGAAAAGUGAUGGAUGGUGCAGAAUCAAUGGAUUUGAACAGAAUAGUAGACAACAUGAGCGAUGAAUUUCACAAACCCUCAUCUAGGGGUGGGUCUUUUAAAUCCAUGAGACCAACGAGAUUUUGGUACCCUUAUGGAUUUCCAACCCCAAAAGACACUGGUACAUUUUUUUGGCUCCAUAAACAAGGGUUUUGGAAGCAACACUCUACCAAUUGAUUUCAGAUUACCAAUUGAUAUCUUGUUCUUGAUACAACAAGAUAUACAUAUAGCCGACUGCUCGUAACAAUUAUAAGAGGAAUGUUGAAAUUGUAAGCUUUAAUCUGCAAAUCACCUAUGAUCAUUACCUUAGUGCCUUUCCAAACAUGCUUCAACUGCUACUUUGCAUAUCAAGAACAACAAGCUUCUCCAGUAAUGGAGAUUGCCCUUUGAUUCUCGUAUACCCUUUGUGGGUGUGCUAAGAUCAGAGCAAAGCAGUAAGCUUUUCCCCUUGACGAGAAUAGCAAAGGCUGAUUUGAGAGCUGAGAGAUCAGUUUCUCAGACGAAUUCUGGUUUCAGAAGAAGAAAGCACCUCAGCUUCAAUAAUCAGCGACCUUUCAA